AUGGCGGGAGGAAUGAAAGUGGCGGUCUCGGCGGCAGUUGGUGCCGGGCCCUGGGGCUGGGGGGCCGGGGGCGCUGGGGCAGUGCGGCUGCUCCUCGUGCUCUCCGGCUGCUUGGUCUGCGGCUCAGCCGGAAUUGAUGUAAACGUGGUCAUGCUUCAGGAAUCCCCAGCUGAUUUUAUGACUACCAGUCGACAAUUCUGUUAUAAAAAUGUGCUUAUCCCAAAGUGGCAUGAUGUAUGGACACGGGUACAGAUCCGGGUAAAUAGUUCCAAACUGGUACGAGUCACCCAGGUGGAGAAUGAGGAGAAACUGAAGGAGCUAGAGCAGUUUAGUAUCUGGAACUUUUUUUCUUCCUUUUUAAAAGAGAAAUUGAAUGACACCUAUGUUAACGUGGGUUUAUACAGCACAAAAACCUGCCUCAAAGUUGAGAUUAUAGAGGACGACACCAAGUACAGUGUCAUUCUGACCCGGAGAUUUGACCCCAAACUCUUCCUCGUUUUCCUCCUUGGACUUAUGCUAUUUUUCUGUGGGGACUUGCUGAGCAGAAGCCAAAUCUUCUACUAUUCCACUGGGAUGAGUGUGGGAAUUGUGGCCUCUCUACUAAUCAUCAUUUUCAUACUGUCCAAGUUUAUGCCCAAGAAAAGUCCCAUUUAUGUCAUCCUGGUGGGAGGCUGGUCCUUUUCUCUGUACCUCAUUCAACUAGUUUUUAAAAAUUUACAAGAGAUCUGGAGGUGUUACUGGCAGUAUCUUUUAAGCUAUGUCCUCACAGUUGGAUUCAUGAGUUUUGCAGUCUGUUACAAGUAUGGGCCCUUGGAGAACGAGCGAAGUAUCAACCUGCUGACCUGGACCUUGCAGCUGAUGGGCCUAUGUUUCAUGUAUUCCAGUAUCCAGAUACCACACAUUGCCCUUGCCAUUGUCAUCAUUGCACUGUGUACUAAGAAUCUGGAGUACCCUAUUCAGUGGCUGUACAUCACCUACAGAAAGAUGUGUAAGGCAACAGAAAAGACUGUCCCACCUCGUCUCCUGACAGAAGAAGAGUACCGGCUACAAGGUGAGGUGGAGACCCGAAAGGCUUUAGAGGAACUUCGAGAAUACUGUAACAGUCCAGACUGCUCUCCUUGGAAGACUGUUUCUCGAAUCCAGUCUCCAAAGAGAUUUGCUGACUUUAUGGAAGGCUCUUCCCACCUCACACCAAAUGAGGUUUCUGUCCAUGAGCAGGAGUAUGGAUUAGGGAGCAUUAUCGCCCAGGAUGACAUCUCUGAAGAAACGUCCUCUGAGGAGGAAGACUCAGAGUCCCAGUCCCUGGCUAUCAUACAGAACAGUUUCCUGACCUAGGUGGUGGCAGCUGUUUUUAUGAGGACUGGCUUGGUACCUCCAUGGUCCCUGUUGCAUGUGUCAUGCAGUUGCUUCUCAGCUCUUUGAAACAGGGUGAGAUAGUGCAGAAAUUCUCCCGCUGAAAUCAGAGGCCUGAGUAGGCCUCCUUUGGGAAAUGGUCUUGGUGGUCUCUGUGGGAUCCCUGAGGAAGGAGAGUGGAUAACGUAGUGAAUGCUUCUGAUUGCUUCCCAUCGGUUAGGCUAUCGGCCCACCUUUAUGUUUCCGAAGAAACUGGAUGGCCACAGCUAGCGUGGUAUUCUAGCUCCUCUUUGAAAGUCGAUUCAGUCGAGGCACUUCUGCCACUGUGGCUGGCAAUCAGAAGUGAGAACUGUUAUCUGUGCAGUAUUGCGUUCAGACUACAGGCUGUAUCAUCUGGGGAGAAAUCCACAAAUCUGAGCCACCUCCACUUCUGCUCUUAUGUCAGUGACUUUAGAAUAAUCCUUGUUUUAACUGUUUUGAGAGGUAAAUAGAUUUUUAUUUGUCUAUCUUGUUUUUUAAAUGAAUAUAUUUUUUUAAAUGUAACAAAUUCAAGUUCCAGAAUCAGCAGGCGCUGCAGAGUCACAAGCCCCUUAGAUACCUACAUAUUAUUAAUAUGGAUUCUCCAUUAAAGCCCCAGGAGCUGUGAUGUCGAGCUUUGAAUUCGUUCUCACACAUAUGAUAUUCUGAGUCCUGCUUACUUUUAGGAACAUGCCUGCAGGCCCUUCUGUAGGGGAGGUCUGUUGGGCUUUUUAUUAUACGUAACUUUCAAUUCCAUCUUAAAAAUACAUCAGCGUUCUUCCCUUCCCAUUCCUUGUUGCCCCUCCCUGCCCUUUCAGGAAGGGUCUGUUCCCUCACCUGGGAAGUAUGUACAAUUCAGUUUUAUUUCUU